AUUUCAAGAUAAUUUAAUUUAAGAAAAAUUUACGGACAGUUAAGUUAAAUAAGUAAAAUUAAAAAAUUUAACCGAACCAAACCAAAAUUAAACCGUUCCCAAAAAGGUUGAAUAUCUAAAUUUGAAAGGAUUCUAAAUUUAAGACGUGAUAAUUUAAUUUUGAGUAGUCUGAAUAGAUUUGGUAAUGACAUCCCACGCAUAUUAUAAAGAACGAUUGGGCUUCGAUCCCAACGAUAUAAGCAAUGAGCCGUCAAUUGCGUCAUCACCGCAGGUGCGAAAAAACUCGAAACACCAUCACCCAGACAACCCACACAACCAAAACCACGCCAGCUCACAGAAACAUGGUCGGCAAAAUAUUGCUUAUUAUUCACAGCAUGCAGUUCAAAUACCUGUUUUACAAGAAAAGGCAAGAAUUGGAGAUAUUGAUUUCAAUGUGGAAACUAGUCCAGCAAAAAAAGCUAAACAUUCCUCAGUGCCCUCACAGCAACCGUUGCCUGUGGGUGGCUAUGAAGAUGCUUUGACACAAUUUAAAGAUGAGCGAGAUGCUAUUCAGAAGAAGACAUUUACGAAAUGGGUUAACAAACAUCUUAAAAAGAAAUACACAAUGUUACAUAUGUGUGUUUUCACUAAUGGAUAUCCAUGUUGUCCACCUUCAGCUAAAAGACAAGUGGAUGAUCUAUUCGAGGAUCUAAGGGAUGGCCACAAUUUGCUAACCCUUUUGGAAGUUUUAUCAAAUGAACACCUGCCACGUGAAAAAGGAAAAAUGCGUUUUCAUAUGUUGCAAAAUGCCCAAAUGGCCCUUGAUUUUCUUCGUUACAAAAAAAUUAAAUUAGUUAACAUCCGAGCUGAAGAUAUUGUUGAUGGCAAUCCCAAAUUGACCCUUGGUCUCAUUUGGACUAUUAUCUUGCAUUUCCAAAUUUCGGAUAUUGUUGUUGGAAAAGAUGAUAAUUUGUCCGCACGAGAGGCUUUAUUACGUUGGGCUCGUCGCUCGACUCUGCGUUAUCCGGGAGUGCGGGUGAACGACUUCACCACAUCCUGGCGAGAUGGGUUGGCAUUUUCUGCUCUAGUUCAUCGAAAUAGACCUGAUUUGCUUGAUUGGCGGAAAGCAAGAAUGGAUCGCCCACGGGAACGUCUGGAACAAGCAUUUCAUAUUGUGGAAAAAGAAUAUGGUGUUACCCGUCUUUUGGAUCCUGAAGAUGUUGAUACAAAUGAACCUGAUGAAAAAUCUCUCAUUACUUAUAUAUCAUCCCUAUACGAUGUAUUUCCGGAACCUCCGUCGAUACAUCCCUUAUUCGACAUGGAGUCACAGCGGCGUGUGCAUGAGUAUCGAGAUCUAGCUCACCAAUUUAUAUAUUGGUGUCGUGAAAAAACCGCUUAUUUGCAAGAGCGAUCCAUUCCUCCAACAGUGAUUGAAAUUAAGCGACUAUUAAACGAUUUACAUUGUUUCCGCAAUGAAGAAGUACUAGCGCGUAAAAAUGAAAAACAAAAACUGAUACAAAUAUAUAACGAAUUAGAGCGUUACUUUGAAAGCAUAGGUGAAAUUGAUGUUGAAGCUGAUCUUCGCCCUGAAGCUAUAGAAAAAGCAUGGUAUCGUAUGCAAUCAGCGCUAUCUGAUCGCGAGCUUAUAUUACAACAGGAGCUUGAAAGAUUAGAGCGCCUACAACGACUUGCGGACAAAGUGCAAAGGGAAAUUAAGCAUAGUGAACUUAAAAUAACAGAUUUGGAGGCACUUAUAAAUGAAGAAUCUCGACGUAUUGAACGCUUACAUCCAAUUGAUGCUAAAAAUGUUGUCGAAUCCUUAGAAACAGAAAUACGCCAUUUAGAAGAACCCCUUCAGAAUAUGCAUCAAGAUUGCCUUGUCCUUAAUGAAGGUCGCUACACCAAUGGUGCUGAGUUAUUAAGUAAAUUAAACAAAUUACGUGAACGAUGGACGAAUCUUCGGACCCUUUUCAACUCAAAUUUAGUACAAAAGCUUACCGGAUUGAAAUAUCCAGUCCAUGAGACGACUGUAACAAGACAAACCCGCACAAUAAUUGAAUCGCGACAGAUUGAAACGAAUUCCCAUUUCCGUGAUUUACAGGAUCACAUAGAAUGGUGUCAAUUAAAAUUGAAACAGCUCCAUGCAGCAGAUUAUGGCUCAGAUCUGCCGUCAGUUAAAGAUGAAUACAGAAGACAGCAAGAAGAUCAUAAAAUAAUUGACCAAUUCCAUUCCAACAUUUUAAAUGACGAACGCAAACAAUCAAAAUUUUCUGGGGAUGAAUUGAAACUUUACCAGCAACGCCUCAAUCAUCUACAAAAAUUAUAUGCAGAACUGCUCACCACUUCAACAAAACGGCUUUCGGAUCUUGACUCACUUCAAAAUUUCUUAGCCGAAGCUUCCGCAGAAUUACAAUGGCUAAAUGAAAAAGAACUUGUUGAAAUUACUAGAGAUUGGACAGACAAGCACUUGGACUUAACGUCGGUCCAUCGUUAUUAUGAGGUAAGAUAUUUGAAUAAACGCAAUUGUUAUUUAAUUUUCGCUUUUACAUUAUGCAAGCGGAUGUUUGGAAGCGGAAACGAGAAUUUAAUGACGGAAUUGGAAAAACGCGAAAUACAAUUUGCCACUAUACUUGAUCGAGGGGAAUCGCUACUCAACCAACAACAUCCUGCUUCCAAAUGUAUUGAGGCUCACUUAACUGUUUUGCAACAGCAAUGGGCAUGGCUUCUGCAAUUGACUUUAUGUUUAGAAGUUCACCUUAAACAUGCUACUGAAUAUCAUCAAUUUUUCACCGAAAUAAAAGACGCUGAACAAUGGCUCAUUAAACGUGAUGAUGUUCUUAACAGUAAAUACUCUCAAUCGGAUUUUAGUUUGGAUCAAGGUGAAAAUCUUUUACGUGGAAUGCAGGAUUUGAGAGAAGAGUUGAAUACAUUUGGUGAAACUGUAUCCAAUCUACAGCAGCGUGCAUUGUUUGUUAUUCCACUAAACAAACGACGCCAACCAGUGAAUAAUCCAUAUACAAUUCAAGCAAUUUGUGCAUACAAGCAGCAAGGCCACAUUCAGAUAGAAAAAGGAGAAAAAUGUUUACUUUUAGAUAAUUCUGGACGUGUAAAAUGGAGAAUACGAUCAUCUACUGGUCAGGAAGCCUCUAUUCCAAGUGCUUGUUUGCUAAUACCGCCACCAGAUCAAGAAGCGGUGGAAGCCGCUGAACGAUUAAAACGAUUAUUUGAUCGCACAGUCAAUUUAUGGCAGAAAAAACACCUGAGACUUCGUCAAAAUAUGAUUUUUGCUACCAUACGUGUUGUAAAAAGCUGGGACUUUGAUCAAUUUUUGGCCAUGGGGUCAGAUCAGAGAUCCGCUAUACGCAGGGCGUUAAAUGAAGACGCGGAAAAGUUACUUAGUGAAGGUGAUUCAAAUGAUCCGCAGCUAAGACGUCUAAGGAGAGAAAUGGAUGAAGUAAACCGUUUAUUUGAUGAAUUUGAAAAGCGUGCCAAUGCAGAGGAGGAAAGCAAACAAGCAAGCCGAAUUUUCACUGAAGAAUGUAUAAGUAUUAAAUCCAAGUUGGAAGAUAUGGCUCGCGAAUUAGAUCAAAUUAUAUUAGCACCUUUACCGCGUGACUUGGAUUCUUUAGAACAUGUACAGGAAAUUCGGCAGGAUUAUGAACGACGUUUAAAACAACUUGAUCCCGAAAUAGAACAUCUUCAAAAUACUUUUAGAAAUAUUCCACUCAAAACGCCUGCUCUGAAAAAGAGUCUCGAUAAUUUGCUAGAACUUUGGAAUGAAUUACAUACUCAAAGCGAUUUACAUAAGGACCGUUUGAAGUUGUUAGAUAUAUCCCUUAUGGGAUUAGAAGAAAAUGAAAACUUUAUUUCAGACAUUGAAAGCAAAUUGGCUGCUAAUUCCACUUUACCAUCUUCUGCUGAAGGUCUUCAAAGAGUGUAUAAUCAAUUGACUGAUAUUCAAGAACAAAUUACCCAACAUCAACCACAAAUAGAUAAAAUGAACGAUGCAGCUGAUCAAUUAGGGCGAAUGGGAGUUCCAACUAAGGUUUUGACUGAUUUAAAGAGUCUUCAUACCAAUAUUGGCAGACUUAAUACACGAUGGGUAACCAUUUGUAAUACAAUAGCUGAGAGAAUGCGUUCCUGCGAAACAGCAAUUGGUUUAUUGAAAAGUCUCCAAUCAGGCAUUCAAGUUGAAGAGUCUUGGAUAGAUGGGCAAACGGAAAAAUUAUCUGAACUACCGACAGCGACUUCGGCGUAUGAAUUGGAUAAAUUUUUGGAAGCUGCUAAAGAACGAAAACCUAAAAUCGAAAAUGUGAACGUGGCUGGAGGACGUAUAAUACGCGAAGCGAAGAUAUAUGAUGGUAAAUGUAAACGAUUUCUGGAUUGGAUAUUAGAAGUAUGUCCUUCAUUUUUGCCACCUCGCAGUGAUAUUCUGCUAAUUGAAAACGAUCCGGGCGCAGCAGAAUAUUACCGUAGUUAUUUGGCUACAUUGAAUACAAAGUAUAAUCGUUUAUUGGAAUUAAUUACUCAACGUUUAAGAACUGCCGUAGAAGUAAAUGGAAUCAAUAAUUCGCAAUAUGCUGAAAGUGUUCAGACCCCCCUUAAAACAUUUAGAACUGAUGUUGUACAUAGAGCUACUCCAGCAGAAGAUCAAUACAAUUUUAAAUUGGAUAAUACCGAAUCUAGCGAAAUACGAUUAAUUUCGAAAAGAACUGAUAAUCGGGUUUUCAGUAGCACCCAGACUAGUGGCUUAAAAAGAGAAUCAACCAGCGUAACGGUGGGUGAAAAUGUGUUAUUUUAUGACAAUGUUCUUGAUAUUGCCGGUAUACGCGAUCCUCGAACUGGUAACAAUAUUACAGUCAGGCAAGCUAUUAAUUUGCGGAUUUUGGACGUACGUUCAGGCAAAAUGGUGUUAAACGAUAAAAACAUUCCUUUGGAAACAGCAGCAGAACUAGGAUUUAUUGACACAAAAUUGUCUCAGUAUUUGCUAAAACCUGGCCCCAUUAGAGAUUCUAAAGGGCGAGAACUAUCGUUAUUGGAAAUAAUACAGAGUGAAAUAAAUGAAGCAGAAUCAAAGCUUGAAUCUUCCGAAAAGCAAAUUCAGAACACGUCUAACAAUGAAAAAAUCAUAACAAAUUCCCAGAAAAUUCUGGAGACUUUAGAACCAAAAAAAUCUUUAAGUUUGUCUGAGGCACAUAAUCAAGGAUAUAUGAUAAAACAUGAGUCAGUAACAAUCAAAUCAAGUGCAUUAUGCUUAAGCGAUGCUAUUGCUCACGGACUCGUUGAUGCGGCAGGUUGGAUAUCAGAUCGUAAUUCUGGAGAAAAAUUUAAACUCGACCUCGCCGUAGAAAAUCAAUUAAUAGAUCCCAAUAUUGUUGAAGUGGUAGAUACAAAGAAUGAUAUUAAAAUUUCGGUGAAAGAAGCUCUUAAACUUGGUAUUCUAAAUUCUAAAACAGGGCGUUUUUUAAAUGAAGCUACAAAAGAAAAGUUAACAUUUAUAGAGGCUAAAACUCGAAAGCUUAUUGUGAAGCCAUAUACAUUGAAAGAUGUGGUUGAUUUUAAUUUGCUAGAUAAUAACGAUAAAAUGUAUAGUCCAAUGCGUCGAAGUAAAUUAAAUCUAAUGGAAGCGAUUAGGUUUGGGGUUUUAGACUACAAUAAUUUAAAAUGCAUUAGUAAAGUAAAGGGAGAAUUGAUUACAUUGCAGGAGGCAAUAAAAGAUGGAAUUAUACUACCAACGGAAUAUAAGUACAGGGAUUUUAUGACUGGAGAGGUAAUAACUAUACCAGAGGCAGUCGAGCGUGGUCUUAUAAGUUCGGUGUCACAAAAGUCCAUUUUUAAUAUAGAUGGUUUUAAAGACUUAAGAAGCAAUGAUUUUGUUAGCUUUAAUAUGGCCUUAUCUCGUGAUAUUUUAUGUAAAAAGGGGCCAAGUUUCGUUCUGGAAGUUAGUAAAAAUGAGUAUGUACCUUUAGACGUGGCAGUAACCAGAAAUAUGGUAAGACAAGAAGUUUACGAAAUGUUUACUAAAUGCAUCGGUGUGCACGACGCGAGAGGAAAUGAAUUAACUGUUAUUGAUUUAUGUUACCAUAAUUUAAUAGACCCUAAAACUGGAUACUUACUAGAUCCAAAGACUGGAAAAAAUGUGCCUCUUGAUUUAGCUAUUGAAAAGAAAUUUAUUUCACCCGAAGGUGCUUUAUUUCUAAGUAGCUUAUUAAAUAUAACACUGACAACCGAAACUGUAACACGAACAGUUAAUAGGUACGUUUCAAUACAAACUACUAAUCAGGACACACAGGAAACAAUUUUAACUUUUGCCGAUGCUGUUAAUGAAGGCUUAAUUGAUGAAGACCGCCAAUUGUAUCAGGACCGUAAAACUGGAAAUGUUUAUUCAGUACAGCAAGCUCUGUCUUAUGGUCUCUUAAUUCCAGAUUUAGAUGGUGAAAUACCAGGGCAGAAUACGUCUCUAAAUAUUACAAAUAUAUCUAAAAGUGAUCAACUUUUGCCAAUAGAAAUUUAUGAUAAAGAAAAAUCUGACUACAGAAAUAUUCAUAAAGAUAAACGUUUUAAAAUUGAAUAUCCUUCUGAAAGAAAAAAAAAAUUUGAAGACGUCCAAACAGUUAACGUUCCUACUAAAAUAACCAAAGCUCAAAAUAUUCCAAUUGUCGAAAACGCAUCCCCUACUUUCAAUCAGAUGGAUGUAACCUGGCGCGAAGAUGAAUGCCCUGAUCCACUACAAAUUGCCCCAGGAAUAAUUUUUGAUCCCUCAACGAUGUUAGUGAUUUUUACAGAAACAGGUCAGUCUCAAAAUAUAUUUGAGGCGGCGCUGGAAAGUAAAUUCGAUGAAAAUAUAGUAAGCAUUUUUGAUACUUUUGCAAAUGAGGAAGUUUCUGUUAAAGAAGCAGCCAGUCGUAAAGUUUUUAAUUAUGUAGACAAUGUGAUUUUGACCAAAUGUGGAGAAUUUAAAUCUAUUGUUGAAGCUAUGAAAAUUGGUUUAAUAAAAGUUUCUGGAACACCACUUAUCCCCAUAGAAGAUGCCUUACAAACACUUCGAUUUAUCACUGAUCCGCGAACUGGCGAAAAAAUUCCUGUUGAAGUAGCCUACGAACGAGGUAUUGUUCCUCUAAGUAAAGUAAGUAGCAUUUCGAUGCAAAAAAUGCGAAAAAUUAUCUUAAAGCCCAUAGAUGCUUUACAAAAAGGAAUUAUUGACGAAGAGACCAAAGAUAUCCUUGAAGAUUUCUCCAAACAAAAUAAUUUACCAAUCACACAAGCUUUAGAUAUUGGUCUUAUUAAUGGGCAAAUGGGUAAUAUAUUAGAUACACAAAGAAAUCGGAUUUUAAAUAUAAAACAGGCUGUUGAAGCAGAACUUAUUGACUCAAAAACAAGCAAUCAUAUACUAGUGCCACUAGCGAAGAGUUUAUCAAUACCGAAACUCCUAGCCCAAGGUCUUAUAGAUAGUGAUUGCCAAAAAAUAAUACAUCCUGAUAAUGGUUAUCUACUUAAUAUUAAUGAAGCUAUUAUUUGCGAUAUACUUGAUCCUCUUUCAGUGAUUAUUAAACCAAAGAAGUAUACACUUCAAGAAGCACUAAAAAGUGGGAUAGUUGAUGGCAUAAACUCUGUUUUCAAAAUAGGUAAUAAAACUUUCAAUUUAACAGAAGCUAUUAAUGAAGAUUUGUUUGAUCUAAGCUAUGACAUGCAUUCUUCCACAACGUUGCCACCCAUAGCAAUGACAUUUCCUGUUGCCGUUGAAAGAAAACUUUUAGCUUCAAAUAAAAAUGAACUUAAACAUCCUUAUACAGAUCAGAAAAUGACUGUCAAAGAUGCUAUAGAAAGCAAUAUUAUCAUGUGUAUUCCUUACCCUCCAAGGGCAGAUGCUAUUCUAAUAGAUAAUGCUUUAUCUGAAGGUCUAAUUGAUGUGGAAAACCAAACGUUCAAAUGUUUAAAAACUGGCGAAAAUAUAUCCAUACGCCAUGCCUUAGAAGAAGGAUUUUUGUUACUAAAGCCGCUAUGUGAUUUCGUUAUGACUUAUAAACCAUUGUCCACUAGUAGAACUAUGGAAACGGUGAAGUCUCUUCAUACUGUGACCACAAAAACAAUUGAAUUAAUGCAGGGAUAUAUUCUAGUUUCUAAUAAUGAAGUCAAGAAUAUUCAAACUGGUGAAAUAUGCACGGUGGGCAAAGCAAAGGAAUUGGGUAUUUUAACUGAAAAAUUCAAAAUAGAUGAAGUUAAUACAAAAGAAUUUAAAUGGGAAGAGCCAGAUUCAAAAUGUUCUGCAAACGAUAAUGCCAUAGUUGAAGCGACUUCAGAGGAUAACCGAAAAAUAGAUUCAUUACAGAAUAGAGAAAAAAUUGUGCAAGACAAAGAAAAAUUCGUGACAGAAGAAUACGAGAGAAUGGGAAAAGAAAACCAUGCUAAUAGUGAUGAUACGAAAACCUUAGAAAGAAAUUUUUACUACGAUAAAAUUCAUGCUACCGACACAUCUUGUGAUUUCUUUACAUAUACAAUUGGUGAUGCCAUUUCCAAAAACAAAAUCAAUCCAAAAGAUUGUAGAAUCAUUAUAAAUGGCGAAAAACUUUCUGAUAAUAUAGAAACAUUGUUAGAAAAUGAAUCUCUAUUUGUACAAGAUGAAGUGGAAGUACAUAGUGAGAAUUUAGUGGCUUUAAAGGCUACAUCCUACUUGUUAAGUUACCCAUAUAUAUUAACGGCGGAAAAAUUGAGUGAACUCAGUGCAUAUGAUUUAGAAAAUGAAUAUUUUAUAGAUCCUUCAACGAGAAGAAAAAUUUCAUUUCAAGAUUUAGUAUUGUAUCGUAGAGUAUUUAAUCCUGAAUCUCUAUUAGUAAAAAAUUUUACUACUGGGAAAUAUGAGACUUUGUUAGAUGCAUUAGAUCGUCCGCUGUUAAAUCGUCAUAAUGGUCAUAUGGUAGAUCCAAAAACUGGUAGAAAGAUUCCAUUUUUCGAAUGUAUUAACCGUAAAUGGAUUAUUUAUACUGAUCCAGGCAAAAAAUCAAAACCAUCUAAUAUUGAAAACGUCGUUGAUCCAGAAAGUGGUAAAAUAUUGCUUGGAGAUGGUAAACUUUGUUCCAUCACUGAUGCUAUUAAUAAUGGAAUAAUUGAUAUUCAUUCGUUGUCGGUACGAGACCCGGUAAGUGGAGAAAUUAUUCCACUGCGUAUGGCAAUUGAGUUGGGAGUAGUAAAUAUGCAAACGGGAACUAUGGUAGAUAUUCAGACAUUAAAUGAAAUACCAUUAGAGAGAGCCUUUAAGUUGGGAUUUCUUGUGGCUGGUGCACGCAAGCCGAUCUCUCUAGAAGCCGCCAUACGUAAGGGUCUUUAUGAUCAAGAAACGGGAAAACUGUAUGAUUCAAAAUCACAGAAUCAAGUCGAUAUUCAGCGUUCCAUAGAGAUCGGUUUAGUGGACCCAAAAAUAUCUCUUAUAGUAGACUCUUUAGAAAAUAAAGAGCUAAGUUUACAUUGUGCUAUUGAAGACGAGUUAGUUGUACCUGAGAAAGGACAAGUAAAAGAUAGGAAAUCAAAUACUUUUAUGCCCUUUGACGUGGGAAUGGAAAAUAAUUUGGUAAAAACCGAUAAAAUCACUUGGAGUUUAACAGAAUUACUUCAACGUGAAUAUUACUCACCCAAAUCUGGAAAAGUAUUUAAUCCAAUAACUGGGAAUGAAAUGCUUUUACAGCAAGCUAUUGAGUUCGGCUUCGUUGAAUUAGAAACAUCUUUAAUAAAAAAUGACGAAGAGGAAACCAUAAUAUCCGGUAAAAUAGCUGCUAAAACAGGUCUCUUAGAUACGGUUAAAGGUGUAUUAAGAUAUCCGCAUUUAACACUUGACGAAGCCUUUGCAAAAGGAUACUUAAUAAGCACAAAGAAACCAUUAUCUUUGGUGGACUGCCUUAUCCGGAAUAUGUUUGACCCCACAACAUCCACUUUGCGAAUUGAUGAUAAGUGUUUUAAUUUAAAAGAAGCAAUAGCACUAAAAUAUAUUAAUCCAAAUGACUUAAUUAUAUUGGAUCCAAGAACCGAUGAUGUUAUAAGUAUAACAGAGGCGAUAACUAAAGGAUUUCUAGAUCCCGUUAGGGGAUGCAUUAUAGAUCCACAUACGUCAGCAAAAAUGUCAUUGAACGAAGCUUUAGAUAAUAGAAUACUAGUUCCGUCAAAGCGUAAGAGAAGUUUGCCUGAUGCAGUAUAUCGCGGUCUAUAUGAUCCGAAAUCAGGCAAAUUUAGUAACUCAAUUACAAGAGAAAAACUCUCAACUGAAGCUGCUAUUCGCAGGGGGAUUAUUGAUCCUUACUCAACUAUUGUCAAAUUAGAUGAUAAAAUGUUUCCUUUUAUGGAAGCGGUAGAUGCUGGCAUAGUCGACUCGAAGAAAGGUACAGUAAAAGAUGAGCAAGCAUCAGAAACCGAUUUUAAAGAAGCAUUUGAACAUGGGAUUUUAGUUGAGGUUAAAACACCAAUUUCUUUAGGUAAAGCUAUAAGCAAAAGUAUUUAUAAUGACUCCGAUGGAAGUAUAACUGAUCCCAAAUCUGGCAAAAAAUUGUCGUUAGUUGAAGGAAUUGAUUCGCAUUUGAUAGACAUUAGCAGUAUAGAGUUAAAGGAUUUUGACACUGGGCUGUACAGAAACCUUGACCUAAUAAAGGCCAAAGCGGCAGAUAUAAUUGAUUGGGAACGAGGUCUGCUGGUAUAUGACAAUAAAAAAAUAAAAAUUAAACAUGCUUUUGAAAUAGGAAUACUGAAAGACUCGCAAGCACCAAUAAGUAUUCAAAAGGCUUUACAUCAAGGUUUAUUUGAAGAUAAUUCUGGCAAAAUAAUUGACUCCAAAACAGGCAGAAAAAUAACAUUAUCAGAAGCAAUUAGGACCUCAGUUAUAGAUGCUCAAUUGCCUUGCUACUUCGAUGAAGUAAAUGAAAAAAUGUAUAAUUUAAAUGAAACUUGUAAGUUGGGAGUUAUAAAUAAGCGAGAUUGUGUUUUCAGGGACCUUUAUUGUAAUAAAUGUAUUUCUUUAAAUUCUGCAUUAAAUAUGGGCCUCAUUGUGGAUAUAGAAAACGCAAAUUUCGGUUUAUAUGAGAUUCUGGCUAUGGGAUUUUUUGAUAAGGCAGAAAAUAAAAUUUUACACCCCAUCACUGGAAAUAAACUAAGCUUAAGAGAAGCAUGCUCAGACAAUAUCGUGAGCCUUAAUAAUAGUUGGAUAAAACAUCGUGAGAACGAUGAAUACUUGAAUUUAUCUGAUGCUUUUUCAAAAGAAAUUAUUAAUGAAAACGGUUAUUACAAUUUAUAUGGGGAGUUUAUAGACUUACAAAGUGCGCGGGAGCGUGGUUUAAUUGUUACAAAUCGUCGACCAUUGGAUCUUAAAUCAAUAGUUAGAAUGAAAUUAUAUAACUCUGAGACCGGCACAUUUUAUGACCCCAGCACUAGGAAAUAUUAUAAAUUAAAUGAUGCUAUUCUUAAUGGUUUCAUUAAUCCCAAAACUACUCUACAUAAAAGUGAAAUGAAUGAAUAUGAUUUGAUUGAAGCUAUUGACAAUGGGUUUAUAGAUGUAGACAAAGGACAUGUAAUGGAUUCUAAAACACAUGAGUUUUCCAAUUAUGAAACAGCCUUUAGUAAAGGUAUUUUGGUGCCAGUUUCAAAGCUUUUUGGUGAAAGCUCUGCAAAACAGCUUUUAGUAGAAGAGUUUUCUCAGAAGAAUGAUAUUACCGAACCUCAACAAAUGUCUUUGGCUAAAGCUAUACGUUCUAAUAUACUUAAUCCUAGUACUGCGUUUGUACGACAGUUAAACUCUUCCAAACUAAUUCCUUUUUCUCUAGCUCAACGAAAUAACAUAAUUGAUAUAAACAAACAAGCUUUAAUCAAUCCGAAAUCGUUAUUCUUUGUAAUUGACCCUUCAAUUAUUGUAUAUUUACGGGAGCCUAUUACUUUUGAUCAGGCAGUCGAAAGUAAAAGUCUUGAUUUGGAAACAGGAUUAAUAACUUUUAAAACGAACUCGCAUGAUUUAAUAAAUGACUCUGAAUCUCAGUCCGAUGAAAACACCAAAAUUUAUUCACUGAAAGAUGCUAUCACUGCCGGCAUAAUUGAUCCUUUUUCAGCAUUAAUUAAGGAUGAAGCUAAAAUGAAAUUAGUUGGAUUAUCUGAAGCUUUUCGGAAAGGUAUAAUAGACGCAAAUAAAGCCAAUGUACUGAACACACAGACGUCCAAGCUAUGUACAUUACGAAGUGCAUAUGAGAAUGGUUUGCUUGUUACACCCAAAAGAUCUUUCGGUUUAAUAGAAGCAAUACAUUUCAACUUAUACAAUGCUGAGAGUGGCUGUCUAAUAGAUCCAUUUCAAAUAAAUACCAAUUCCGAACAAAGUAAUCGGCUUACGUUAUUAGAAUCUAUUUCUUGCGGCCUGCUAGAUCCGUCUUCGACAGUUGUGCGCGCAUCCGUGACCGAUGAAAUCGUUCCAUUGUCAUCGGCUAUUAAUAAUGGCCUUAUUGAUGGAAACAACGGUCACUUAGUAAAUCACGGUGAAAAUAAAAAAAAUAUUGAUUUAAUAAAAGCUGUUCAUAUGGGCCUCAUAUUACCUGCCGAACAACGACAAGCCGUAUUUGAAAAAUUCAACAUAUGUGAAGAAAGCGUAAACGAAUUGCUUAAGUGGGUCAGCACAAUUGAGCACAGAAUUGCCAAUAUUGGUGGUCCAAAGGAAAAAAUUGAUGAUAUUCGUAGCCAAACAAAUAUUUUGAGACAAAUAAAAGAGGAAAUUGAUGGACAACAACGACCCGUUUCGUCAUGUUUAGAACAAAUACGUCAAAUUGUUUUAACAGGUGCUGAUGUUCUUUCCACACCUGAAGUAGCAACUUUGGAAAAUGCUGGUAGAGAGUUGCGUUCACGAGUUGAACGUAUCUCUGAUCGUGUCUCGCGUUUAUUACGUCGUCUUGAAUCUAUUCGCGAAGAACUAAAUAAAAUAUGUGGCGAGUUAAGUAUUUUCUUUAACUGGUUACAAGAAGCCCGACAUCGUCUUGAAGAUAAAGAACAAUCGUUAGCUGACUUAAAAAAUUUAUCUGUUCAUAGUGAUUCCAUACGUGAAUUUGUAAGUGAUGUUAUAGGGCACCAAGCUGAUCUUCGAUUUAUAACAAUGUCGGCACAGCGUUUCGUCGAUGGAAACAAAGAAUUCCUAUCAAUUCUCAAUGAUUUCCGUACUUCAUUACCCGAACGCUUACCGCAUAUCGAACCUAUAUCGAAUGCAGAAAGUCCUAUCCGCCAAGAAGUUUCAUUAAUAUCGACACAAUACAAAGAUUUACUACAUCGUGCAAAUGCCCUUCAGGACCGAAUAUCUGGACUUUAUAGUUGUCAACGAGAAUUUCAAAAUGCUUUGAAUAAGGCAGACGACUGGAUUCAGACUAUCCAACCACAGGUUACGCGCGUUUUAUCAGAACCUCUUUCUGCCGAUACAAAGUCCGCAUCCGAUCAAAUGAAUAAAGCAAAAUCGAUUCAUAAUGAAUUGUUAUCUAAUGGACGUUUAAUAGAUAAUAUUGACCAAACUUUGGAUGAUUUAGUUAAAAUAUUGGGUAGUCAACUGAGUCCAAACGAAUUGAAAAAAUUAGAAAAACCUGCUUUGGACUUAAAAGGCAAAUACCAAAAAAUGCUUGACACAGUGGGUGAACAUUGUAAGAUUCUUGACAAAACAUUAGUACAAUCUCAAGGGGUUCAAGAUGCGCUUGAAAACUUAAUUAUUUGGGUAAAUAAGGCUGAAGAUAAGUUUAAAUUGCAAUAUUGCCCCGCAUCUCUUAUAAAAGAUCGUUUACAAGAGCAAAUACGUGAACAUAAAGCGCUCUUUGCAGAUGUUAUUUCGCAUCAGGCAUCCAUUGACAGUGUACAAGCGUCAGCACAACAUCUCAUGGGGUCUGCGUCUAAUCCACGUAUUGCCAAAAAUGUUGAAACUAAUUUGAAAGUAGUUUCUGAAAAGGUUGCGAAACUCACUGAAAAAUUACAAAAGAGAGGAGAAUUCUUGGAAGAUGUGUAUAAUAAUUUAGUAAAAUGUUUGGAAGAAAUGGAACUUACUGAAAACGAAUUGCAAAAUUUACACGAAAUGAUGGAUCAUAGAGAUGCAAAUAAUUUGCCAAUAGACAAGCUAUCAUCCCUCAUGGACGAUUUAAUACGCGCAAAAGAGAAUAAAGCAUCAAUAUACGAAAAAUGUGUUGAUAACUGCAAAAAUUUAAUUGGACAACGUAAUGUUACUGAUACUAAUCCCUUACGUGAUCGAUUGAAAUCACUUGAAAAUCUAUGGCGGAGCAUUCACGUAACAUUGGAUGAAAAAAACAAACUUUCCAAGCUAAAGGUCGAACAAAAAGUUCAAUAUGAGGAAUUGAAAGAGAAAGUAAUUUCAUGGUUGUCUGAAAUGGAAGUAGUGAUAAGUAAAAUGAGUCCUAUCGCUUUAGAUUUGAAAAAAAUUCGCGAACAGCAUGAGGAACUUAAACCGCUUGUUUACAAAUAUAGAGACUAUAGCGAAACUAUAGACAAGAUUAAUGAUAUUGGAGCUCAAUAUGAUGCACUUUUCAAUCCAGAAAGUCCCAAUCGUAAAAGAAUAUCUUAUAGUCCAAUUAAAAGAGUAAGCCCCAUGCGUACUGCACCUGGAAGUGCUAGAAGUCCAAGCCCUAUUAAAAUGGGAAUUUUAUCUCCUCUUUCUACCAACUCUAGUGGAUUUGGAAGUCGUAGAUCUUCUCAAGACGGUUUUCAAAUUUCGGAAUUAACCCCAGUUCAACAGCAACUAAAAGAGAUUAAUAAUCGUUACAGUUUGAUUGGCGUUCGUUUAUCUGAUCGGCAAAAUGAAAUUGAUAAUUUGACUGAAGAAGUCCGAAAGCAGUACGAAAAUUUAAAAAAUUUGACAUCGUUUUUAGACCGCAUUCAGCGUCAAGUUCCGAAAGAAUCUGCAUCAAAUAAAGAUGAAGCAGAACAAUGUAUUCAAUUAGCCAGAAAAGUUCUCGAAGAUAUGUAUGAAAAACAAAGCUUAUUAGAUACUACUAAGGUGCAGAUCAAAGAUAUCCUACGAAGAAAACCUGAAGUAAUGGGUGCAGAUGAAUUAAGGAUAGAAAGUGAGAAUAUAAUUGAGAAAUGGAAGAGCUUAAGUGAAAUCUGCAAGCGGCGGAUAGAGCUUUCUGAAAAACUUCGUGACUUUUUGGAUAUACAUAGCAAUUUAUCGAAUUGGCUGCAAAGCAAAGAACGGAUCCUCACUGUUCUUGGUCCUAUUUCCACGGAUUCAAGAAUGGUUCAAAGUCAAGUGCAGCAAGUACAAGUCCUACGAGAAGAAUUUCGAAUACAACAACCCCAAUUGAACCACUUUCAAGAAAUUGGCCAUGACUUACUAAAUCGUAUUACAAAUUCAUCAGAUACACAAAAUAUAAAGAAAAAAUUACAUGAUAUAAUAAACAAAUGGGAUGAUAUAGUUACCCGCUUAGAUGAACGUGCCAACAACCUGGGAGGAGCUGCAGAUAGUAGCAAAGAGUUUGAUGCAGCUAUAAAUAGAUUACGUGAGGCACUACAAAGCAUCAGUGAUAAUUUAGAUGUAUUGUCCGAAGAUGGUGACAGUCAAGAAAACUUACGUAAAAUAGAAAAUUUGGACAGACAACUGGAGGGACAAAGAUCAUUGCUUGCUGACGCUGAAAGAUCAGCUGUAUUACUUUGCAAUAUUCUUGGGGACUCGGCAUCUCGAGCUGAUGUGAAUUCCAAGGUUGCUGCUUUAGAAAAACAAUACCAGACUUUACAAAGAAAGUUGGACACUAAAAAAGCAGAAACUGAAGCAUCAUUGCGAGACAGUCGUCAUCUUUCUGAAAAUUGUACCAAAAUGUUAGGUUGGUUAUCUGGAGAACUGUCUGACUUGUCUGAGAAAUUCCAUUUGUCAGCGCAUAAACCUACUUUGCAGCAUCAAAUAGACGCUCAUGAACCUAUUUAUCGGGAAGUAAUGGCACGAGAACACGAAAUCAGAAUGCUUACAAACAAAGGAAAGGAAUUGACUGAUCGUCAACAAUAUCGAACUAUAAAACGCGAUUUGGAGCGAAUACAACAACUAUGGGAUAAACUUCGAAGAGAAGUCUCCGAAAGACAUGCUCGCCUUCAAACAUGUAUGGAACAUUGUAAAAAAUAUGAACAAACUUCGGAGGCAUUUUUAUCAUGGUUACGAAUGGCAGAGGAUAAAUUGGCUACGUUAACACCCGGAAAACUGUAUAAAUCUAAUAUCGAAAAUCGCUUACGAGAUAUUCAGACGCUUCGCAGUGAAGUUUGGAAACAUUCCAAUGAAUAUGAGUCAACUAGGGGUUCAGGAGAAACCUUCAUUGCUUAUUGCGAUAUUGACAAAGAUCCAAUAAAGUGCGAGUUACACGAUAUAAAGGACCGAUGGGAAAAACUUAACAAUGACUUAAUUAAUAAAACGCAAGAUAUCGAAAAUUGUUCUAGGCGAUUAUCUGAUUUCAAUGAUCAGCUAAAAAAUCUGGACAAUGCUGUAAGUCGGUGUGAAGAUCGUCUAGCGGCUCAUGAUGCAUUAGGAGGUGCUGCCAAAGACCCAAAACUUUUGGAACGUGUAAAAGCUAUACGCGAUGAGUUAAUAAAAUUAGAAAAACCUUUAAAUGAAUUAAAGUCUGUGGCAAAUGCAAUAUCUCUAGAAUGUCAAACAAGUGGAGGCGAUGGUAAUCAUUUAUGUAAUGAUGUCGAUAGUAUGUUUGAUCGUGUUUCCGAUUUAAAUGUUCGCCUUAGUGAUAGAUUUAAUGAGUUACAAUCUGCUGCCUCGACCAUAUCUAAGUUAAAUGACCAAAUUAAAAAUUGUUUGUUUGAUUUAAACAAUUUAGAACAAGAGAUCGAAAACUUGGCCCCACCUGGUCGCGAAGUUAAAAUUGUAAAAACCCAGCUGGAAGACAUCCUUAAUAUACACUCUAAACUAGAAGUUAUGUCUAAUCUUGCGAACGAUAUUGAACGUGGUUCUACUGCUCUUAUGGAUUCUGGAAUUUCUACUGAAAAUCAAAUUCCUGCUCAAAUUUCUUCAAUACGUAACACACUAAAUCGCUUAGAUAACCAUAGUCGUAAACACGAACGUGAUUUACAGAGCACAUUAAAAUCGUUAAUCCAUUUUAAUGAUGAAAAAGAAGAAGUUAUUAAUAACUUGAGAAGCGUAAAGUUGGAAUUCAAUGACUUUAAGCCAGUUAGUUCAGAACUCGAUCAAAUUCGUCAGCAGCAGGAAGAUUUUCGUAAUUUUAGAAAUCUGAAAGUAGAAACCCUUUCACAGAAAAUUGUCAAAGUAAAUAAUGAUGGUAAUGACCUAGUUAGGUCUGCAGGCAAUGGCGUUUCAACAGCCGUUAUAGAAAGAGACUUAGAAUCUUUAAAUGAUAAUUGGAAUAAUCUCAAAGAGUUAAUGAAUGAACGUGAAAGACGGUUGGAUGUAGCUCUUUUACAAUCAGGCAGAUUUCAAGAAGCCUUAUCAGGCCUUUCUAAAUGGCUCUCUGACACCGAAGAAAUGGUUACAAAUCAAAAACCACCCAGUUCGGAUUAUAAAGUUGUUAAAGCCCAGUUGCAAGAACAAAAGUUUUUGAAAAAAAUGUUAAUGGACAGGCAAAACUCGAUGUCCUCUCUUUCUAUAAUGGGCAUGGAAGUAGCCAACGCAUGCGAAACAUCAGAACGAGAUUCUAUUGAAAGUCAAUUGAAUGACCUUGUAAAACGAUUCGAUACUCUUACAAAUGGUGCUGAACAACGAGAGAAGGAUUUGGAGGCCGCUAUGGAUGUUGCCAAAGCUUUUCAUGAUAAAGUCAUUCCUUUGGAGCUGUGGCUAGAUGGGGUAGAGCGAUCCGUCAAAAACAUGGAGCUUGUUCCAACUGAUGAGGAAAAAAUUCAAAAUCGAAUCAAAGAACAUAACGAAUUGCACGAUGAAAUACUAUCUAAGAAAAUUGAUUUUACGGAUUUAGCAGACAUUGCUGGGCAAUUAAUGCAAUUGGUUGGAGAAGAUGAAGCUGUUCAACUAGCAGAGAAAGUUCGAAAUAUAUCCGACCGGUUUACCAACGUAGUUGAACUAAGUGAAAAUAUUGGUUCCUUGUUAGCUGAUUCCCGCCAAGGAUUAAGACACUUAGUAAUAACAUAUCAAGAACUGGUCGCCUGGAUGGAACGAAUGGAACAGGAAUUAUUACGUUUUAAACCUAUUGCUGUGUAUCCAGAAAAAUUAAUGGAGCAAAUGGAUUAUUUAGUAGAACUGAAUGAAAAUAUUGCUAGUCAGGCACCCAAUAUUGAGUCUACGGUCGAUUCAGGCUCCGAGUUGAUGAAACACAUUUCUAAUGACGAAGCUUUACAAUUAAAAGAUAAACUAGAUGCACUUCAGCGCCGAUAUGGAGAAUUGGCGACACGGGGUGGUGAACUCCUUAAAAAGACCAAGAAUGCCCUUCCAUUAGUGCAACAAUUUCAUGAUUCUCAUAAACGUUUGUUAGAUUGGAUGCAAAUAGCUGAAAGUACCUUUACAGCAAGUGAAUUUUCUCAUGCAGAUUUGCUACGUCUUGAAACCGAAUUAGUUGAAAUGCGACCUGUUAUAGACAAUAUUAACUUAGUUGGACCGCAAUUAUGUCAAAUCUCCCCUGGCGAAGGUUCAUCUUCAAUUGAAAAUAUUGUUACACGUGAUAAUAGACGUUUUGAUGCAAUAGUGGAGCAAAUUCAACGUAAAGCGGAACGAUUCCAUCUUAGCAGUCAACGUGUUAAAGAAGUAACAGGAGAUAUUGAUGAAUUGUUGGAAUGGUUCCGAGAUAUGGACACGAGUCUUCGCGAAGCCGAUCCACCUGCAAUCGAGCCAACAUUAGUGCGUUUUCAAUUACAAGAACAUAGGUCAAUUAAUGAUGAUAUUUCAAGUCAAAAAGGUCGUUUUCGCGACAUUGUUGCAUCAUCCAAAAAAAUUUUGAGAGAAUCUCCACAAAGCGAAUAUAUAUCUGCACUUCGAGAAAAACUAGAUGAUUUAAAAGAAAUCGUUGAUUCCGUUGCUCAAUUAUGUAGUGAACGUCUCGGGAUAUUAGAGCAAGCGUUGCCUUUAUCUGAACAUUUUGCUGAAUCUCAUACCGGUUUAUCCAGUUGGUUAGAGGACAUGGAACAACAAAUUUCAAGGUUCAGCAUGCCAGUAUUGCGGCCAGACCAAAUAACUACACAACAGGAUAAAAAUGAACGGCUUCUGCUUUCUAUUACUGAACAUAAACCCCUACUAGAUAAGUUGAAUAAGACAGGCGAAGCCUUAGGUGUACUUGUAUCUGAUGAUGACAAUGCUAAAAUAAAUGAUGUUCUUGAUUCUGAUAAUGCACGUUAUGCAGCACUUCGUCUUGAGUUACGUGAACGACAGCAGAUGCUGGAAAACGCUUUGCAAGAAUCCAGCCAGUUCUCAGACAAAUUAGAAGGUAUGCUCCGAGCAUUAGCUAAUACAGUGGAUCAAGUUAAUCAACUAGAUCCCCUAUCAGCGCUCCCACAAAAAAUAAGAGAGCAAAUCGAAGACAACGCAGCGUUAGCAGAUGACUUGGAUAAACGUUCAGAUGCAUUUACGGCUGUAAAAAGAGCAGCUGACGAAGUUAUUGCAAAGGCCGGUAAUAAAGCAGAUCCAGCUGUACGGGAUAUUAAGUCUAAACUAGAAAAAUUGAACAGCCUCUGGAAUGAUGUACAAAAAGCCACAAAAAAUCGCGGCAGCUCACUCGACGACAUUUUAAACGUGGCAGAACCUUUCUGGAAACAGUUAAAUGGUGUAAUGGGCACAUUGAAAGAUUUGGAAGAAACUUUGUCAUCACAAGAGCCUCCUGCUGCUCAGCCACAGGAAAUUCAAAAGCAGCAAGUUGCUUUACAGGAAGUACGUUUUAAAAUUGAUAAAACGAAACCAGAAGUCGAACAAGUACGUCGUAACGGUAGUAAUUUAAUAAAUAUGUGUGGCGAACCCGAUAAACCAGAAGUUAAAAAACAUAUUGAAGACUUAGAUAAUGCAUGGGAUAAUAUAACAGCUCUAUAUGCAAAACGUGAAGAAAACUUAAUUGAUGCAAUGGAAAAAGCUAUGGAGUUUCACGAGACUUUGCAAAAUUUAGAAAAGUUUUUAAAUAAAGCAGAACGUAAUUUUGAAAGGCUUGGACCAGUAGGCUCAGACAUUGAUGCAGUUAAGAAGCAAAUUGAGCAAUUAAAAGAAUUUAAGAACGAUGUUGAUCCGCAUAUGUUGGAGGUAGAAGCAUUAAAUAGGCAAGCCGUAGAAUUAACUGAUCGUACAUCUAUUGAGCAAGCUGCAUCGAUUCGUAAACCAUUGUCAACUGCUAAUCAACGUUGGGAAACGUUACUGCGCAGUAUGGUAGAUCGACAAAAACAUUUAGAACACGCUCUUUUACAUCUUGGUCAAUUUCAACAUGCCCUUAACGAAUUACUAGUAUGGAUUGAUAAAACGGACAUCACCUUAGAUCAGUUGAAACCGAUACCCGGAGAUCCACAGCUUUUGGAGGUUGAAUUAGCCAAACUAAAAGUAAUUGCUAAUGACAUUCAAGCUCAUCAAAACUCUGUGGAUACCUUAAACGAUGCCGGCAGGCAGCUUAUUGAAACUGAGAAGGGAACAUUAGAAGCUUCCACCACACAAGAGAAAUUACGAAAAUUAAAUUCCAAAUGGAAAAUGUUAAUUCAAAAGGCAUCUGAUCGUCAACAUGAGCUUGAAGAAUCAUUACAUGAAGCACAAGAAUAUAUUGCAGAAGUUCAAGAUAUCCUUGGUUGGCUUGGUGAUGUGGAUGCUGUAAUUAGCGCUAGUAAACCUGUUGGUGGUUUGCCAGAAACUGCAACUGAGCAACUGGAACGAUUUAUGGAAGUUUACAAUGAGUUAGAAGAAAAUCGUCCCAAAGUUGAGACAAUUCAAGUACAGGGCCAGGAAUAUAUCAAACGACAAAAUAAUAUAAAAGUACCUUCAAGUAACUUACAACAUACUCUACGUACAUUAAAACAACGAUGGGACGCAAUAAUUUCUCGGGCUUCAGACAAAAAGAUCAAAUUAGAAAUUGCAUUAAAGGAAGCUACUGAAUUCCAUGACACCCUUCAAGCAUUUGUUGAUUGGUUAGACCAAGCCGAGAAUCACUUAUCAAAUGCACCAGCUGUUUCUCGCGUUUUACGAACAAUUCAAGAACAAAUGGAAGAGCAUAAAAUUUUACAAAAAGAUGUUAGCACUCACCGUGAAGCAAUGUUGUUACUUGAUAAGAAAGGAACUCAUUUGAAAUAUUUUAGCCAAAAGCAAGACGUAAUUUUAAUAAAAAAUCUACUUGUUUCUGUUCAACAUCGUUGGGAGCGUAUCGUGAGCAAAACUGCUGAACGGACUCGUGCCUUAGACCACGGUUAUAAAGAAGCAAGGGAAUACAAUGAUUCUUGGAAUAGCAUUAUGCAAUAUCUUAAUGAUACUAAUCAAAUGCUGGAUCAAAUAAUUGAAGAAGCAACGAAAUCAAAAGAGCCUCUCAAAAUAAAAAAACUUAUUAGCAGGUUGAAAGAUGCUCAUCGACAAUUAACAACAAAACAAACAAUUUACGAUACUAUAAUGCGCUCUGGCAAAAGUCUUUUAGAAAGAGCUCCGAAAGGAGAUGAAACAAUCCUCGGUAAAAUGCUGUCAGAACUUAAGGAGAAAUGGUCAACUGUAUGGUCAAAAAGUAUUGAACGUCAACGUAAAAUGGAGGAAGCUUUACUUUUAUCCGGUCAAUUUUCCGAUGCCCUUAGUGAAUUACUUGAAUGGUUGAAAAAGGCCAAAACUCGUUUGAAUGAAAAUAUUUUAGUACAUGGUGACUUAGAAACUGUACAAGGUUUAAUAGAGCAUCAUAAGCAUAUCGAACAUGAUUUACAAAAACGCUCAACGCAAAUGCAAGGUGUACUGAGAACCGGCAAAGAGCUAGAGAAGUCGAGUGAUAAUGUUCAAAUAGAUCAACAACUUAAUGAGCUUCAACUCCUUUGGAAUGAAGUGAAAGAAGCAGCAAACAAACGCAACAAUUGCUUACGAGAAGCACUGAAAGAUGCUGAGAAAUUAAAUAAAGAAAUACAUUCAUUGUUUGAUUGGUUAGAUCAUGCCGAGCAAAAGUUACGCUAUGCAAAGAAUGCUCCAGAUGAUGAAAAAAUUACACGAGAAAUGAUCACGAUGCAUAAUGAGUUUUUAAAAGACUUGCAAAAUCGUGAGAUCCAGAAGACAGAAACAUUCCAGUUUGCAGAAGAAAUUAUUAGCAAAGCUUACCCAGAUUCAAUCCCAAUAAUAAAGAAUUGGUUAUCAAUAAUCCAAACCCGUUGGGAUGAAGUGCUUCAAUGGUCUAUUAAUCGAGAAACCAAAUUAAAUCAUCAUUUGCAAUCACUUAAAGACUUGGACAAUACAAUAGAAGAACUUUUGGCUUGGCUUAAUGGUUUAGAGGCUACACUAUUAAAUUUGGAAAAAGAAGCUUUGCCGGACGAUAUUACAGAAUUGGAAAAACUAAUCGAAGAUCAUAAAGAGUUUAUGGAAAAUACUGCACGCCGACAAGUAGAAGUUGACCGGGCAUGUAAACCUAAACAACUUUCAAGUGCACGCAGAAGCAUGUCACGAGUGUCUAAAACGCCAAUUCAUGAAUUAGCCGAAAAAUUCCCCGAUGGCAAUUUACGAAGACAGAGUUUCAAAGGUUCACGAGAUCAAGGGCUUAAUUCUCGUCGACUUAACCGCUUAACUCCAAGCCGUGAUACACCCGACAGAGAUCGCUUACCGCAUUACGGCCCCCGAUUUUCACCAAGCGUCAAUCCGGUAUCCAUAGAGAUAGAGUUUCGGUCACCCCGCGCCAGUUUAUUAUGGGAUAAAUGGCGUUAUGUUUGGAUGUUGUCAUGGGAACGUCAGCGACGUCUUCAUGAUCAUAUGAUGUAUUUGAAGGACAUGGAACGAGUGCGAAACUUCAGUUGGGAUGAUUGGAGGAAAAGAUUCCUUAAAUACAUGAAUCAUAAAAAAUCACGCUUAACGGAUCUGUUUCGAAAAAUGGAUAAGGACAACAACGGUCUCAUUCCGCGUAGUGAAUUCAUGGAUGGCAUAUUAAACACAAAAUUCGAUACGUCUCGCAUGGAAAUGAGCGCUGUAGCAGAUUUAUUCGAUCGAAAUGGUGAAGGUCUAAUUGAUUGGCAAGAAUUUAUUGCUGCACUAAGACCUGAUUGGCAAGAACGUAAACCUGCCACGGAUUCUGAUAAAAUACAUGACGAAGUAAAACGCCUGGUUAUGUUGUGCACUUGCAGGCAAAAGUUCCGUGUAUUCCAAGUAGGAGAAGGCAAAUAUAGAUUCGGGGAUUCACAAAAGCUGCGUUUAGUAAGAAUUUUGCGGAGUACUGUUAUGGUGCGUGUCGGUGGAGGCUGGGUUGCACUGGAUGAAUUUUUACAGAAGAAUGAUCCUUGUAGAGCCGACGAGCAUUUGGCAGAAUUAAUGCCAAUAUUCGAACGAAUACGUACUCAAGAGCAAGUUCCAUGUGCCUUUCCCAUUCAUAUGGGAUCAGGUGGUACCGUAUUUGUACGUUGUAAUAAUAGUCGAACUUUACCAUUAAACCCACAUGUACUACACUGUCAUCCCACUACACACUGGGUACGCGAACGGUCAGUACGGUCGAUACCAAUGUCACGUCCAUCCCGAUCAUCACAAUCUGCAUCUACACCGGACUCUCUGAGCGACAAUGAAUUUGGUCAAUCUGGAACAUCUGGUCGGUACACACCCCGAAAAGUCACAUAUACAAGUACUCGUGGUGUUGUAACUCCGUCGGGAUCUCGGUCAGGGUCAAAACCUAAUUCUCGUCCUUUAAGCCGACAAGGGUCGAAACCGCCUUCCAGACAUGGAUCCAAUAUGUCAUUGGAUAGCACAGACGAAACUCCACCAUCACGCAUUCCACAGCGAAAAUCAUUAACAAUAGGAAGUGGGACCACUACGCGACCAAUCCGCCUAUCGGUAACAUCAGCAACCGUAUCUGAUGUAGGUACAACUGCAAGAAAAACCGUAUCGGGAUCGGCAAGUCCGGCACAAUCAAGCAAUGGUGGUAUGAGUAGAGCAUCCAGCAUUCCACGAUUAAGCAGCUAUUGUUCUAGAAAAAAUGCUAGCGGGAACACAACUCCUUCUGGUGCGCGUACACCUCGCAAAGGCUCCGCUGAUCCAACAAUAAGUUCGACAAUGCGGUCUCAAAUACAACGAGGAACCACACCGGCCAGUAAAAGGGAACCAUUUCGACUUUAAAAUUAUUUAAAACAGUUAUGCAAGAUCAAAGCAGUUAUUGGAUGCCUCUUUUCAUGUUUAUCUAUUCAAUUAACAUUAAAGAAAAAAGUGAACGCUUAAAAGACAACGAAAACUUUAUAAUAGUAUCUUUAUCAAACUAAUAGUGUUAUCGAUUACUUUACUAAUUUAUUUUUCCUGAUUUUCGAAAGUUUUAGAUUUUGGAACAUUUAAGGAGUAAGUCGAAUGUUUAAAGUUCCGAAAAUCUUGUUAAAUACACCUAAAAGAAAUGAUAUUUAUUAUCCAAUAAAUAAUAAAAGUCAUAAAACUAAGUUCCAAAUAUUCUUAAGUGUAAAAAAUGAUUUACCGAAUUAUGUACAUUUAAUACAUAACUAAUACUUUAAUAAUAAUUUUAUUAACAGAUUUGUAUUUUAAUUUGUUUAAUUAAAAACUCUAUUGGCACAACUUUUUA